CUGCAGCACCCAGAAGUGAACAAAGCGACCCGGAAGCGUUGAUCGGGCUGGAGGCAGGCAGAAAGAACAUCUAGCCUUUUUUUUCUUUUUUUUUUUUGUGUAUGAAAACUGCGCUCCCAAGACAAAACCUGCAGUCAAGAGCAAAGAAAAAAUAGAUCGUCCUGAACAACAAACACAUACAAGAAAUCUACCUCAAAAACGUCCUCUGGUUCUCAAUCUUAGGAUGGCAGAGCCUCGAUUUAACAACCCUUAUUUCUGGCCUCCACCUCCAUCCAUGCCUGGCCAGUUGGACAACCUGGUGCUCAUUAACAAGAUCAAGGAGCAACUGAUGGCCGAGAAGAUCCGACCCUUGCAUCUGCCGCCUACCUCCACCCCUUCCCAGCAGCCUUUGCUAGUGCCCAUCUCGUCCGCUGACGGCGCCGGCUCUCAGCAUGGCAUGACAGUUCCCAAGACACAGCCGCAGCAGGUGUCGGCCCACCAGCAGCAGUCAGACAUUACUUUGCAGGCCCGUUCGGGGUCUAGCUCCGGACCAGAUGGAAGUAUGGGCGACAAGGCAGCUGUGAAGGCCAAAGGAUUAUGGGAGGACUGGCACAUGAGGCAGCUGAGCGAGCAGCACACCCGCGCCAACCAUCGAUCAGGCCUGGCUCCUUCAUCCCGACCCGAAAGCCACAGCACAUCUGAGGCUCUGACCCCCACGACCCCAACCUCCAGCAGCCAGAAUCGCAUGGGUGGCGCCCCCACUGUCAACAUCAUCUCUGGGCUGGCGAGUGGUCCUGGCAUGGACCACAUGAAGGUGGGAGGCCUGGCAGGACUAUUGGGCCCCCCACCCAAGGCACCACGGGGACGAAAGAAGAUUAAAGCUGAGAAUGCGUCAGGUCCUUUGCUGGUGGUCCCGUACCCUAUACUGGCAGACCAAGGCUGUGUCACUGUGGCACCCAAAGAGGGUAAAACGUACAGAUGCAAAGUGUGCCCACUCACCUUCCUGACCAAGUCGGAGAUGCAGAUCCACUCCAAGUCCCACACAGAGGCCAAACCACACAAGUGUCCCCACUGCUCCAAGACCUUCGCCAACGCCUCCUACCUGUCCCAGCACCUCCGUAUCCACCUGGGCAUUAAACCCUACCAUUGCUCCUACUGUGACAAUUCCUUCCGCCAACUUUCACAUCUGCAGCAGCACACAAGAAUCCACACCGGCGACAGGCCUUAUAAAUGUGCUCACCCCGGGUGUGAAAAGGCUUUUACCCAGCUGUCCAAUCUCCAGUCUCACCAGAGGCAGCACAAUAAAGACAAACCGUACAAAUGUCCCAACUGCUACCGUGCCUACUCUGACUCCGCGUCGUUGCAGAUCCAUUUGUCAGCACACGCCAUCAAAAACGCCAAGGCCUACUGCUGUAGCAUGUGUGGCCGGGCAUACACCUCAGAGACCUACCUUAUGAAGCACAUGUCCAAACACACAGUGGUGGAGCACCUCGUGAGCCACCAGUCCCCUCAGAGGACCGAGUCCCCCACUAUCCCCAUAAGGAUCUCGCUGAUCUGAGCUGCCCAGUGACCAGUUUCGGUCCCAUUAGGGGCCCAUUAGGCACGAGCCUUACAGGCCCUGCAAGAAGGGCUCAUCUACAUAAGCCUUACAUGAGGAUUAUGACAGCGGACGUAAGCAUGACAACGGAAGCGCUUUUUAGUGAAUGUAAUAAUACAGCUAGAUGUUGUCCAGAGGAUGGGGUGGCAAAGAGAAUAUCUUGCGUGGGAUUUAAUAAGCACUUUCACAACCGUCAUGUAAACAGCUUGAAAAGGUUUUUGUAAAGUGUCCUCUCAGAGAGCAGAUGAUUCUUUAGGAUUACGGGGACAGAUUAAUUGGGUGUAAAACGUUUAGUUUAUUUUUUAUUUUUGCUUUCUCUGUUCCCAACUCUACCAGAUACUAAUUUCCUCUGAGAAAAAAAGAAUUGAUACAGUUGUAAAAUGUUUGCUGGGUGUUUUCUGGAGACAUCCAAAGAGAUUCUUAAAGCACUUUUUAGGCUUGCAUUGUUGAAAUCUUGUUGGAUGGGAAAAUGCCAAAGGGCAUUAUCUGCGGCAGCUAACAGCAGUUACGGUGUAGGAAAAAAAAUAGGCUCUUCUGUUGCUUCAGUUUUGUUUUACUCACAUCCUUGUGCAAGAACACGCUGACAGGGUCAUCAAAAUUUCAACAGGGGCAAUGGUAGAUGACAAUGGAAGCAUUUAAUGAUUGUAUUGUUUUAUUAAUGUGAGGAAGGAGGGAGUUAAAAAGCAUAAAGGGAAACAAAGUUCUCACGCCCACUUAAAUCCUUCACUCUCUCUUUGAUGGCACGUUGGUGAUUAAACCACAUGAUCAUCGUACCACUGCUUUUCUAAAUGACCAUUCCUCCUGCCCUUUCCGCUCCUUCAACCAACCUGCAAAUUAGUGCCAUGUGUUGAAAGCCACUCUUAGAAUAUUAACCUUGAUUUUUAGCUUCAUUAGUUGAUCUACAUUUAACUGGGGCAAAGCCAUACUGUAAUUGGUUAUUUCCCUUAUUAAAAAUAUUCAUCAAUUUUCUGAGAUGCUUAUCCUCACAAGGGUCGCGGGAGUGCUGAAGCCAAUCCCAGCUGUCAACGGGAAGGAGGCGGGGUACACCCCUGAACUGGUUGCCAGCCAAUUGCAGGGCACAGUGAGACAGACAACAGUCACACUUACAAUCACACAUAGAGGCAAUUUCGAGUGUCCAAUUCAUGUUGCAUGUGUUUUUGGGGAUGUGGGAGGAAACCGGAGUGCCCGGAGAAAACACAUGCAGGCACGGGGAGAACAUGCUAACUCCACACACGCGAGGUCGGGAUUUGAACCCCGGUCCUCAGAACUGUGAGGGAAACUCUCAAACCAGUUGCCCUACCCUGCUACCCCUACUGCAACUAAUAAUAAAAAACACAAACUAAUUUUAGUUGAGAAAGAACUCUAACCCCGUUGGACCCAAAUGUGAAGUAACUGUACAGAACCCAGUCAGGAUUUUGUCAUGAGCUUUAUCCAUAAGAAUUAACUCUUGUACUAAUAUCUUCCAUGAUGCUUAUAGUGCAUCUGGAAAGAAUUCAGUGGUUUUUUUUUUUUUCAUUUUAUGUCACAACCUUACUACAAUUCAUUUUUCCUAAGUUCUACACGCAAUGCAAUGCCCCAUAAUGACAUGAUUUAAAAAAAAAAUAAUAAUUUAUUGGCCCAAUAAUUAAAAAGGAAAUCCAAGAAAUCCCACACAUGUAGCAGCCUUUGCUUUUGGCCGGUUUCACCCAUUUGUCUCUGCAGCGCCUCUCUAGUUCCAUCAUGUUGGAUGGGGAGUGACAUUGUGUGAUGUUCAGUCCGAUUCAAGACUGGGCUUGGGCUAAGUCACUUAAAGGCAAAUCACAGAGCGGCCCUGAAGCCACUCCUUUGAUACGUUAACUUUGUGGUAGGGGUCGUCCUGCUCAAGGAUGAACCAUGACCAUAGUCUGAGAUCUGGAGUACGAUUUUACUGGACAUUGCUAAAUUCAUCUUACGCUUGACGUCUCUCCCAAUUCCUAGCACUUAAAAACACUUGUAACAAUCCUAACCGGCAUUGGCACAUAAGAUUUGGGAUUUUUUUUUUUUUUUUGUGAGGACAUCCCACAUACUCAUCCCUGAUGCUCAUCCCGCAGAUGUUCCAUACAAAAGUGGUACAAUUUAAAAGGGGGAAGAACAAGCUUUCCACUUGUAGAAGAUUAACCAGUAACCACGGCUACAACAAAUGCAGUCAUGUUCAAAAGAAUAGCAAUCCAAUGUUGACUAACCAGAUUCAUCCACGUUUUCCGUAUAUCUUUUAAUCCUACAGGUCAAACAAGUUACCAGUAGGUACAAUAAAUUCUCAGAAAACCAACAAGACACAGCAUUCAUGAUACAGUAUAUGUACUGUACUCUCAAGAUUGUGCAAGUAGGCAAUUUGCUAAAAGGGUUGUGUUAAAAAAAAGAAAUUGCGGUGCGGCAUUCAAUCAAUGAGGUCAUCGGUUUUGUGGAAAAGAGGUGGGCGCUAUUUAAGGAUGAAACUGGCACCUGUUGAAAUUUGAAUUUCUCCUUGAAAGUCUGAGGAAAAUGGGUCAUUCAACACAUUGUUCAGAAGAACAGCGCACCUUGAUUAAAAGUUUGAUUGGAUAGGGAAAACCUUAUAAAGAGGUGCAAAACAUUAAAGGCUGUUCAGAUAAAAUGAUCUCAAAUGCCUUAAAAUGGAGAGCAAAACCAGAGACACGUGACAGAAAACGGAAGACAACCAUCAAAAUGGAUGGCAGAAUAACCAGAAUGGCAAAGGGUCAGCCAAUGGUCAGCUCCAGGAUGAUCAAAGUCGGUCCGGAGUUACCUGUAAGUACUGUGACAGUAAGAAGACGUCUGUGUGAAGCUAAUCUAUUUACAAAAAUCCCCUGCAAAAUCCCUCUGUUUAAAAAGAAAAAAAAAAAAGGCAUGUGCAGAAAAGGCUACAAUUUGCCAAAGAACACAUAAACUGGCCCAAGGAGAAAGGGAGGAACAUUUUGUCAACUGAUGAGAGUAAAAUUGUUCUUUUUGGAUCCAGGGGCCGCAGGCAGUUUGUGAGCUGACCCCCAAAGUCUGAAUUCAAGCCUCAGUACACAGUGAAGCAUGGUGGUGCAUACGUCAUGAUAUGGGCUUGUUUCUCCUACUAUGAUGUUGGGCCUAUUUAUUGCAUACCAGGGAUCAUGGAUCGGUCGGCAUAUGUCAGAAUACUUGGAGAGGUCAUGUUGCCUUAUGCUGAAGAGGACAUUGCCUUGAAAUGGGUGUUUCAACAAGACAAUGACCCCAAACACACUAGUAAACAUGCAAAGUCUUGGUUCCAAACCAAGAACGUUAAUGUCAAGGAGUGGCCAGCCCAAUCCCCGGACCUAAAUCCAAUCGAAAACUUGUUUUGUGACAUCAAAAAGGUUUAUUUCUGAAGCAAAAUCAAGAAAUGUAAAUGAAUUGUGGAAUGUCAUUAAGGACUCUUGGAGUGAAAUCACAGCUAAAAGGUGCCACAAGUUGGUUGAUUUCAUGGCACACAGAUGGGAAGCAGUUAUAAUAAAAAAAAAAAACCUGUGGUAGGAUUGGGAAAUCCGAGAAAGAAAAAAGUUUGUACAUAAUAGUUUUGAGUUUGAAAAGUCAACGGCAGACCGAUUUUUUUUUUUUAAACAUCCCUUUCAACAAAUUGCCCACGUGCACAGCUUCAAGAGUGUAUAUUUCAUGAAUGCUGGCUCUGGUUGUUUUUCUGAGAAUCUAUUGCACCCACUGGUAUUUUGUUUGACAUGUUGCAAUAAAAAAUAUACUAAAAAUCUGGAUUAAUCUGGUUAGUCACAUUGGACUGCUAUUAUUUUGAACACUAAUAAAUAAUCGAUGCAUCCAUUUUCUGUACCGCUUAUCCUCACUAGACUCAUGGACAUGCUAUGCCAGCUACCUUCAGGCGAGAGUCGAGGUACACCCUCAACUGGUCGGUAGCCAAUUGCAGCGCACAAAUAAACAAACGACCAUUUGCACCUAUGGGCAAUUUAGAAUGUUCAGUCAACCUACCACACGUUUUCGGGAUGAGACCAUGCAAACUCUGCACAUGCGAGGCCAGGAUUUGAACCCCGGUCCUCAGAACCGUGAACCAGAUGUGAUUCACAGUCCUUCACUGUGCUGCCAAUUAAAAUAAUAAGUAUAGGAAUAGUAAACAGUAAUAUACCUACUUUUGGUGCAAUCUUUAGACAAAUGCGUACAGUUCCAAAUCAUUUACCAAAGGUGGACUCCAACGAAGCGACAAAAACAAUCAAGAAUAAUCAAAAGAGCAAUGGCAGGUGGUGCAUGUCACACCUUCACUGAAGACUGAGAUGACCUGAGCCACAUCUUGAUACCGCCACUAUCAUGUCAGAUUUUUAAAAACACUAAAUAAUAUACAAAACCACAAUGUAACUGUGCGUACAGAUGCAUUUUGGGAUGAAGACGAUUAUCACAAAAGCAGGAAUUAUAACGAAUCCAAUAUAUAACCUCAAAACAACUCCAAACCUCUAACAACAUUCAUUUGGAGCAUAUCUAAAAACUUUCCAAAAACACAAAAAGUUAUCAAAUAAAAUACAUAAUAAUCAUAAGAGAUGCUGAUUAAUUGUAGAUCAUUGAAUCCAUCCUUAUUUCUCUGCUCCUCAGUGCUAGUUAACUGUAGUCAGGGUUAGCCAGUUUUCGUACACAUACGUGUUAGUCUGGGAGUGUUGAAUACUUAAAUCCUUUUUGCGGGUUGAAACAAGCCAGCCAGUGACGGUGUUAGUCGGCCUGCGUUGAAAAUUAAUUGUUAAUAAUGUUUGACGUAGGCCCUCUUCUGUCAUCCAUUGUGCAUAUUGUAAGAUUAUUUAGGUCUGAUCAAUCAAUCGGAGGACAAAAAAAUGCUGACAUCAGUCAUUCUUCAUGAAAGCCUCAUUUGGUGAAUCUGGGGAAAAAAAGUAAUUGCUAGUGUGUGCGUCAUAGGACAGUAGUCCUGAUUUUGAAGGCCAUGGACAGAUUACAUUGCCAUGGCAAUACAGAAGAUGAAAUAUGAUUGAACAAAAAAAUAAAUAAAAUUCUGAAAUGCACACUACUGGAAAUUGGGCGACAACAAAAAAUGGCGAUGAAACGACAACUGUGGCGGGGAGUCUUCAUGUUGUCGUUAUGAGGUGUUGUUUUUUUUUUUUUUUUUUUUUGAGGGGUGGUGGGAAUCAUUGAAUCAGUUAUAGAAUAUGGGGUAACAAACCACAACAGAAAUAGUGAAGUGUGCUCAAUACUCUUCAGAUGUGUUGUACAUGAUGAGAUUCAUGUGACAACUUCCUCUUUACAUUGUCUUCAGUCGUAUUACAUUGACGCCACACAGUAUUUUCUUGUUUCCACCUCUUGAAGGUACUUACAUUUCCCUUCCCAUAAAGCAGGAGCCAAUCAUGUUGUGGUGGGCCGUGUCCUGGCUAGAAACGGUGCGGCCUUGGGCGACUUUUGACAUUUAGGCCAAAAGCAAACCCGCCCUCCUCACCUUUCUCACUUUGGAGAUCGUAAUGGGCAUAACGUUCAUGUUGCUGUACUGUAUAACAUUUCUCAUUUAUAUCUAUUAUUAAAGGAUGUUCUGUUUUGAGUGAGAAAAAAACUAUAACAUUCUUAUGUUAUUAAUCAUCUUUUAUAUCGGUUGUGUUAUAUGUAAGUCUUAACUGUUUUCUCAUUCCAUCUACAUUACUCUCUAUUGUGUUCUGCAGUAUUCAGUCCUAUAUAAGCAUUUUGUUUUUUCUUGUUCCCUCCUGCAUGGAGCUGUAAUCUGUAUAACUGUUUUAACCUGAGUUCUCUAAGGAAAAAUAUUGCAUAGAUUUAUUAAACCUUUUCCUGUCUCGCAUUGUGGCUUCAUAUAUGGUUUCUAGACAACAAAAUAUGCAUAACCAAGACUGAAACGUUAACCCACGGGCUGGCAAUGUUUAAAAUAAAA